AUGAAGGGUCUGAUGAGGUUCGGUCAGAAAGGGAAGCUAGCACCACGUUUCAUCGGGCCUUUCGAUAUCUUAGAUCGUGUGGGAGCCGUAGCAUACCGCCUUGCACUGCCAACUGCACUGGCCAGUAUUCACAAUGUCUUCCACAUAUCCAUGCUGAAGAAGUAUACACUAGACGAAUCGCAUAUCGUUAGUUGGGAGCAGAUUGAGCUGACAGAUGAUGCCUCCUACACAGAGGAACCCAUCCGUAUCUUAGACCACAAGGAGCAGGUCCUACUUACAAAGACUAUACCUCUAGUCAAGGUUCUUUGGUCACAUCAUGGGGAGGAAGAAGCAACAUGGGAACGAGAAGCGGAAGUUAAGGAAAAGUACCCUCACCUAUUCAGUAACACACCUUAG